AAGAAGAGCAUAUAACCGCUGGAUCUGUUAUUUAUCAAGCUAUAGAAGAUGAUCCAUGGGUACAGAAAAACGAGUUGAAAAAUAUUAUAGAGCAGGCAGUAUCGUUUGUUAAUAACAACAACACUCGAGAUUCCUCACGCCAUACGACUCUUCUUGAGAUUCUUCCAGAGCCCGCCAACAGGAAAUUUCCUCGACAGUGGGGAGUUGUUUUAGGCCGUGCUCCUAUGCUUG